AUUUCAUGUCGUGAAAAAUCUCUAACGUUGUAGUUACAGAAGAACUGAUUUGCUAACGUUUCACGGCAAUAGUCAAGGACAAGGUCUAUGGCACCAAUACCAAAGGGCUACGACUUUGUACAAUCAAUUCCAUUCUGUUUGAAGAUUGGUGCUUCUGUGGCACUUUUGAUUUCUUUGAGUACGCUUGGAUUUUUCCUGAACAAUGGCGACAUAACGUUGCCUUCUGGUGAAAAGACAUUCGAUCUUUGGGGAAAGAAACAGAUCUUAAAUGUUGCAAUUCUCGUUAUUGCACUUGCCUUGCUCUCAGUGAUUCUCCUGAUAUUCCUGUUUGUUUCCGGAUUUCAUGAACAAAUGGACUGUGUAAACUGGCCAUCGACGGUUGCAAUCAACAUGAUCUUUUGGUCGUUGCUGCUGUUUAUAUUUGGUUGCCUGAUUGCAGACACUUCUCGGAAAUAUGAUGAUGUCAAGCAAAAGCAUGGUUCACUUUGCGACGUGCUCAGAUAUAACAUGUCUGACGCCAGAUGUGACCAUCUCAUCGCUUCCUCAGUAACCUGUUUCACGGCCUUUAUUACCCUCAGCGUCGACGCAUACCUCAAUUUCCAGAAUUAUUGGGCAGGUCGACAACGCCAACCGACUCUUCGACCAGUUCGACGAAGAUAAUAACUGGCUGCACGGUCACGACAGAGAUUUUAAUUUUUACACAUGACACCCUCCCACCAAUGGCUUUUUUAGACUUGCGGAAAAAUUCACAUCAAGUAUAGGAUGUUACUUUAAGUAUUUUCUUGAUAUAAACAAUUUCCAAAGCGUGUUGUGUUAAACUGCUGUAGUAAUGGCACUUUUGUAAUCUAAUAAUUAUCAUAAAACAUUUCAACCCAUUUUUGUUUAUUAAACGCAGGAUUUCACCCUCC